AUGCACCUCAAAUCAAGAGACGCCGCAGUGAAGAUGCAUUCUUUCUCCAAAGCAACGGCACUAGCCGCCGCCAGUCUCCUGACGCUUGCAUCUGCCCAAACCCGUCUUGAGAUCGCAGAACAGGCUCUCCAAAACCCAAACGCGACUCGAAACAUCACCUUCAACCCGUACCCCGAUGUCCUUCCGCUUGCUGAUCUCGAAUGGACAUGGCGGGUCAACAUAAGUGACAGCCUGACCGACCCAUUCAACAACAGGUCCGAUGACUUCACCGUCCGCACCUCGUACGACUUGACAUGGGGAGGUGCUCCUCGAAACAGCACUCUUGCGGAAGCCCUUCCCGAACUGGGAAACAAUUCAUUCUGCACCGUUCAGUUCCUGCUGACAGACCGCAGCUGGCCAGCCAACAUCACCAACCUCUGGACUGACGAAGAUACGGAUGACACUUCCUGUGUUCCGAUUUUAGGCCCGGACUGUGUCAACUCCAUCAUCAGAAGCACAGGCUUGAACAACGGUGGACCUUGCCAGAACCCUGGUGGGACCUGGACAGAUGCACCAGAGUGUGCUUCAUCUCUCGGGUACAUGGCCGAUUCAAGACUGCUACCUGGUCGAACGUUUGUGGAUCUCAGCAAGGCAAGAUCCGGGUCAAUGUUUUUCUCCCUGCAGAGCGACGAGUACUCUGAUCUCGACAACAAGACCAUAUACGAGAACUAUCACAAUGCCAUCCACAUGAUGCUUGUCAACGCACCGGUGCAGUUGGUAAGGUCUCUCAACGGCGGCUUUCCCACUGAUGCCCCGAAGAGACUCCUGUGCAUGAGAGUCAACACCUCGCAAAGGGAAGUUGAUGAUGACGAGGACGGUAAUGAUGGCGGUAAUGGUGGCGAUGGUGGUGAUGGCGGUGAUGGAGGAAAUGACAAUGAAGAAGGAAACGAAGGUGGUAAUGGAGGUGGUGGUGAUGGAGGAAAUUCUGCUGGCCGAGAUGCCGCCAACUGGUGGAUUAUGACUGGGGCUUUGUUGAUCACCGCUGUAAUUGGGGCUGCUUUGUAA